GUGAAUGUUUGCGCAGAGAUAAGCAUCGAGUCCUGACUGCGUGACUAAUGUCAUUGCUAUUUAUAUUUGUAUUGAGUGUAACGAGUGGGAUAAUGAACGAUAAAGGCGACGAUGCGCUAGGAAGGAAUUCGGUCCACUACUAAUGAUCCGUGUGAACAAUAUCCAUACGCGGGUUGUUUUACUCUCAGUUUCAUUUUAAACGCCGUGACUGUUGUGUGCUGCCGGUCUUGUUGUAAAUACCUAACUCACUAGUGCUUCUGAACUAAGUCAGCAAUAAUUAUGGGUGCUAAGCAGAGCAAGCGCUCGGUGGAUAUAAGCGGCAAAGAAGCGGAGGGUGCAGGCGAAGUAGCCGCAGCAGGCGCAGGCGGUGAAGGCCGAGUAGAGCAGCUCGCCGACGCUGACGCACUAAAACCACAACUCAAUGGCGAUGCGCACAUACACGAACAAACGGAGAACCAAAAGGAUGUUGACAGUGGCACUCCAGAAAAUGAAAAAGACGCUACCACAGAGAAGGAAGCUAAAGUAAAUGAAGAGGAAAAAGAAGCAGCUCCUCUAACAAAUGGUGAGAGUGAGCCAAAAGUAGAGAACGGAGAUUCUACGCCAACUCCCGAAGACGGAAAGAAACCUAAGAAGGAGAAGGUCAAGAAGAAAUGGUCGCUCAGAUCGAUCAGUUUCAGCAGAAAAGACAAACCCAAACAAGAAAAGAAGCAAAAAGAAGAGGAACCCAAAACUAAUGGCGAAACAGAGAAAGUACCAGAAGAGGCGGCCGAAGCUGUUUCUGAGCCUACUGUUACCGAGACUGCAGAAGAAGCAAAGAGUGAAAGCGAAACUAAAGAAGAGAAGACACCCGAAACUCCUGUGACGGAACCGAUCACUAAUGGGAGCUCUACACCUGAAACUCCAAAGGUCGAAAGCCCCGUAGUCGAAGAGCCGGCCGCGGCUAGCCCUGCUGUUGACAGUCCAGAACCCCAACCUGAAACUCAACCUGAACAGUUACCCGUCAAUGGGCUUUCCUUAGAAGAACCUGUCAAGGAAAUCGAGAAGGUUGAACAAAACGAAGAGAGCAAAGAAGCACCUGUGGCUGAUACGACAGAGAUUGUACCUGAAAUUCCCGUCAAAAAAGAGGUUUGUGUUGAACAAAUGCCUUUGAUAGAUUCCACGCCUCCACCCCUCCCUGCAAAUCCUCCUCCUUCUUCUGUGGCAUCCUUUGCUGCCACCACAAUGGCACCAGAAUCGUCAGAUGCUUCGCUAGCUAACACCGCUGAUAACGCAAUUCCACCACCAAUUUCUGAUCCGAUAGCAAUUGAUAAAAUAAAUGAACUUUCCCCUAUGUCCGAUAAUGAAUUAACCGUCACCCAAACUGUUAGCAAUGAACUCUCCUCUCCCGUUAAACAAGAUAGCGAAGAAGUUUCGGUUUCUAAAACGCCGAUUGAACCUGAAACUCCUGUUCCCGAAGAAGAUACUUCUAAAGUAGAAACUGUGAAAGUUGAAAGCGCAGUCGUCGAAGAGUCUGCGAUCAAUGUAGAAAAGGAAAUUGAAAGCAAAGAAAUGUCCGGGAAUGAUAUGGAUAUACCAGCGCCUUCAUCCGAGGACUUAGAAUUACCCGAGGAAAAGAAUGACAUAUCGAAUGGGACUGAAGAUUUACCUUCACCUCCAUCUCCGAUAUGUGAUGACAUUGACGUUAUAAGUGAGAAAAUUGACGUCAACUUGGAUAAUACUCAAGUAACAAUUGCAGAAACAAGUGACAUCGUAAUCAAUUCGAAUCACAUAUCUGAUACUGAGAAAUCGACUCCUUCUGAUAAUGAGAUCGGUAGUAAAUAUUCUGAACAGAAUGUUAAGGCCAAAGACUCGUUGGGUAAUUUAAUCGAAACUAUAGAGUGUAAUGGAAAUAUCGAGGACGAAAAGCUUACCUUACAGAAGGAAUCUUCUGAAAUAAUACCGCCGAUAGAUCCUAAAGAAAUUAAGAACGUUGAAUGCGUGAGGACGGCGACUACACCUGAUGACUCGAUGCCUCCGUCUCUGUCAGAGGCGAACGAGUCGGCUCCGGCGGCGGGCGUGACUAGUAAUGACGAGUCGGAGUCGUUCCCGCUGCCGCCCAGCGAGCUGUGCCGCUCUGAGUCCGAGCAGUCCCCGGCCGCGUCGCCCGAGUCGCCCGCCUCGCCUGCCUCGCCCGCACCGGAGCCGGCCGCCGACACGCCCGCUCACACGCCACAGGACCCUCUCCCAGUGAGCGACAAGUUGGCAGAAUUGAUCCCGGAGGUCCCAGAUGUGCCAGAACUCAAAACAGAAAUGUUGCAGGAGACGACGAGCGAUGUAGCGGUGACCAACUAAAAGCCACAGAUGAAACAAGCCAUCGUCCACGACACGGUAACUGUGUCAAAAAUGAGCCUUUUAUUUAUUUCGAUUUAGCACCGUGCUGUAUUGUCGAACUAAGUUCGAUCAAUAAUUUUUAUUUACAUCGUAUGGUGGUUUUCAGUUCAGAUGUGACGUUUCGUAUUAGAAUGAUUAUACUAUAAGUUUAGCGUGCUUUGCUUUUAUAAAAAUAAGAUUUUAUACAUUUUAUUCGCUAGAAUCGAGUUUUUAUAAUUAUAUUACAUUAACAAAGUUAUAUCUAGACAGUAUACGGUGCGAUAAGUUGGUGCCAUUAUUACAGGGGUAUAAGUUUGACGUUGUCGCGUGUCGCUUGAUUUUUAAUUAGCAAUCGUAUGUCGCUAGGUAUUAAUUCUCCGUACGUAAGCACUUUAAAAUUUAUAAUUUGUAGUGCCUAUUAUUUUGAAAAUCAUUCAAAAUAUUGUUUUGCCUACAAUACGAACAAAAACUCGUCGUGGUGAUGUUCAAAUUCACCUCUUAUGUUAAACACAUGUUUAAAAAAUUGUAAACACAUGUUUAUAGUCGUGGGCCUAGCAAAUUCUCGAAUUACUCCGGCUCUAGAGCCAAAGCCGAAUGGAAUCGAAACAAAGUAAAAUCUGAAAUUGUACAUUUUGAGCGACGCAAACACACAUCAUUAAGUCGAAAAAUAUUAUUAGGCCAGAUACAUUGUGUGCAACAAUGUACUGUAUCAGAAACAUUGUUGGAGUACACGGAAAGUUACAUUUCUUAUUGAAUACGAUACGUAGACCCCGUCGAUGAUGAUCAGUGUCAUCAGUUUUAGUAAAUACAAUUGAAAUAUUAUUUUAUUAUGUAUAUAUGAACACCAUUUCAUUUACUCGUAAAACAUACUUAUGUUAAUUAUCAAAUUGAAGUUUAAACUAACUUGUAAAUUGUUAAGUAUGAGGGAAUAUGAAAUCUCAUUAGUUUAUGCUAUAUCCACUGUGUUUUAUUUUGUAGUUUUACAUUAAGUUGUAUAAAAUUAGUCUGUCAGCAGCUCUCUGUAAUGCAAAGUCAUACUACGAUUUUAUUUCAUUCAUUCAAUGACGGAAAGUUGCUCCUUUGUAUUGUGAGUAAGAUUAUGAACAUAUUUAGGCAUUUUCUUACAGUAGCGUGUGGUUGUUGAAUCUAAAUUUAAUGGACAAGGAUGGAUUUAUUGUUUAAAAUUGAUAUUCAGUGGCCAAGUUUGUGAUUACUAUACAAUUUAUAAACUUAUACAGACAUGAUAUUAUUGUACUAAUUAGAGUUGUAGUAUGUGUAACGAUUUAGUAAAAGCAGUUUGGUUAUUAUCAACUGCUAUUAGUGUAUUGGUUUCAACCUCAUUCGUAAAAUACAAUUAGAUGACUUAUAAGGUUUGAUAUUACUAUACAAUAUUAAGGUCAUUUUCUAUAACUGUGUGUCCAAUAAUCAUAUGAUUUCAAGAUCAUUUUUGUAAUUUUAUACAUUUUUUAUGAAAUUUAAUGUGACAUACACUGCACGAUUGGGAGAAGUACUCCAGGUAUAUAUUACGGAAAAUGUGAGUGAGACAUUCCAUAUCAAGUGCAAACUAGAUUGCCUAAAAUUCUGUAGUACUGCAUGCAUGCACUCUAAUUACUUCGUGAAGUAUUCAAACGAUCUCAUUAUUGCAAUCGAUCGUUUACUAACACCAGAAUUAAGACUCAACAGCAAACAAUGUCUUAAAUAUAUUUGUAUCUAGAAUUGUGUAAGUACCUUAAGGAAAAUAUACUAAAAUUCCACCUGGAACUAAUAUUUUAGUUCCAAUAUUAUGCCCCCUAACUAAUAUUAAAUUCAGGUCUCUUAGAACUUUAGAUUCCUGAUAGACUUACCACUUCCGCCGAAUGUAUUCCAGUAGUCAUAUAUUUUGUUUUAAGGAUUUCUUACUAUUUUAGUAACCCAAAAUUGACUGAGUUUAUACACCUAAUUCAAGGAAAUUAACUUAUUUGCUCAUUAUGCAUUGUGGAAUUUGUAUGAUAAUUAUAAUAGGAAAUUAUGUUAAUCCAAUUAUUGAAACUUAAUGUUGAUGUGUGAAUGUCUCUAAUCAAUAAAUAUUUAAAAAAAAGAA